AUGGACAAUGCCCUCGAUCGAGCCGAUGCCGCCGAAGAGAAAGUCCGACAGAUGACCGACAAGCUGGAGAGAAUCGAAGAGGAACUCCGAGACACACAAAAGAAGAUGAUGCAAACUGAGAAUGAUUUGGACAAAGCUCAAGAAGACCUUUCAACGGCCAACUCGAAUCUGGAAGAGAAGGAAAAGAAAGUGCAAGAAGUAAGUAUCGAUUAUGAUCAAUUUGGUGGAUUAAUCUGA